CUUCACGUAUGAUAAAUGAUCUCUAUCUGUUUUUUUCUUUACAUAGAUGAAGAUGUCAAACCUUUUCCUCCUGAGAAAACCAAGGAAAUUGUGAUGUCUCUAAAGCAACCUGCAGUCUUCUGUAACAUGGUUGGUGACUGGCCAGCCCUGCACUGGAAUGUGAAAUACCUUUCUGCCAUGUUGGAGGGAAAGACAAUCCAGUUUAGGCUGGGCCUGAAGACAGUGGAUUUAGUUCCCCAGUUUGAAACCAGUUGUAGCUAUGUGGAAGCUACACUUGAGGAGUUUUUGGCUUGGAGUUGUGGGCAGCCUUCUUGUCUCUCUGGACCAUUCAGUUGUUAUGAUUACUCCAAAUACUGGGCUUAUGCUGACUACAAGUACAUCGCCAGGAUAUUUGAAGACAAGCCAGAAAUUUUCCAGGAUGUAAGGUGGUCUGACUUUGGUUUUCCUGGAAGAAGUGGAAAAGAGAGCACGCUGUGGAUUGGUUCUGAAGGAGCAAACACUCCCUGCCAUUUGGACUCCUACGGCUGCAACUUAGUGUUGCAAGUACAAGGAAGGAAGAGAUGGCACCUCUUUCCACCUGGUGACACCAGUUUCCUUUAUCCUACCAGGAUCCCUUAUGAGGAAUCCAGCAUAUUCAGCAAAGUCAACAUUGCCAACCCUGAUCUGAAACGCUUUCCCAAGUUUAGGAACUCAACAGCCCAUGUUGUUACACUCAGUCCAGGACAGGUCCUGCUUGUUCCAAGGCACUGGUGGCACUAUGUGGAAUCCAUUGAUCCUGUCACUGUCAGCAUAAACUCUUGGAUUGAACUGGAUGCAGAUCAUGAAGCCCGUGUAGAAGAGGCAAUAACUCGAAUGCUGGUAUGUGCCAUAAAAUCAGCAGAAAAUCCCAGUGAUGGAGAUCUCUGGCUAAAUCCCACGGAGGUUGAGGCAACAUCCCAUGAAAUCAAUCUUCAGUACCUGAAUAAAGCAGUGUCUGCAUACCUCGAGUGUCAGGAGACAAGUGUGUCAGGACAGGCAGGUUCCAGCAGCACCGGUGCAAAGCAGAGGGCAAACACAGCAUGCAAGAGGAAGAGAAGGGAAGUUGGCUGUGAGCCAGAGAGCUGCACAUUACUAACCCAGGAAUGUGACUUUCCAACACCCAAAGCAGAAGAGCUGAAGAAAAUACCUUUCGGGCCUCAUCUUAUUCAGGUUUUACCACAGUCUCACAAAACAAGUGUGAUGGGUGCAGUUGCAGUUGAAAGUGACAGUGGAGAUCUCCAUGAAAAUGAAGGAGAACAUUUUGGAAAAUUACACUGCAAGAGGAAUAGAUUGCUAAUGAGUAAUGACUGUGAGACAGCUGCACAUCAAAUGGAUUCAGACUGCAGUCCAUGCACCUCACAAACAGCCCUUUCUACCAAUGACUUGUUAGACUGUCUGGUUAAUCCUCAUGUCAUCAAUUUAGUGGCUCAGCUGCUGUUGGAGAGAAUGAGAGAGUGAUGCUGGAGUGAUGCUUUAUCAUUUCUGAAACAGAAAUCAAACAGCAGCCUUGUUCUGCAUGUUUAAGAUCUGUAAUAAUUGGAUGCUCCAUUUCAAAUAAUUUUUAGGUACAGCUAGACACAGUUAAUGGUUAAGUGCAGGUUGAAGUUGAGCUGAAAGAAGAAUAGCUGGUUACUGAUGGCUGGGAAGAGAAAGGUGUGUUUAGUCAGGGAGCUCUCAAUGUUACAAAGAAGAGAGAGCACACACAGUCACACUCCCACAGUGCUGUGCAGGUGGGAUCUUCACAGUGUUCUACAGCUCUGAGCUGCAAAACAAGUGUGGCUUGAUGAGAGACAACAGGGGGAGUGCUGGGACAUGGUCACAUAGCAGAGGGGGACCAAGGGUGGGAGCAGAUAGAUUGACUGACUGUAGACUGCAGACCUUGAGCACAUUUGAUAUAAAAUGGUCAAUAAGCAAUCAGUUGAUUACGUUAGAAAUAAUAAAUUCAGGUAAAUGUAAACCUCAGCCAAGAGACAAUACACUCACUAAUGCAUCUCCUUCCUCUCUUCCACUAAAUAACUUCAGUUUUGUUACAAAGCUCUAGGUUGGAAUGGGACAAAAGUCCUUAGCAAAAAAGUAGCCUUUAGCUAGUUCAGAAACUCUUAAAGCUGGGACAUUAAGGGUCAUUGGGAAGUUGCUGCUAUUAUUUGUUUAAACCUAGAUGGCACAGUCCCCUAUCUCUAAGAAACAAAGCAAAAUAGCAAUGACUUUUUACCUCUGACCUUCUCUUUACCAUAACAAUCAAAAUGUAUUAUUUUUUUUCUUUUGGUUGUAAAUGGUUGCUGUACAAGAUCAUCCUUUCUUCAAAGGAUCAUAGUCUUUGGAUUUGUUUUUGAAGGCUAGGUUGUUCUUUGAUUGAAAAGUUAGGGAACAUGAAAUACAGUUAUAGAAAUAUAGUUAACUCUGAAGCUAUGGAUGGAGGCUUGACAAAACCUGGGAAGAAAGCUGCUGGCAUCUUCCAGAAUGCUCUCACCUCCUCUGAUUUCGGUUUGUGGUGGCAACAAAGGCAUUUCCCUAACUGAAGGGACAGCUUCAGGGACAGCUCCUGUGAAACCUUUGCUUUUAAAAUGUCUCUUUGCUUGUGUCUGCUAGAGACCUAGAAACCAGUUUCUAUCAUCAACCUGUUCCCAUAUCCAUAACCUUGCACCAUCAGCCCUCCUGCUGUUACUUCCUUUGCUUGGUGUGUGUUCCCUGCUAAAUAAGUGAAGCUGGUGCUGUUUUCACAAAGAUCACCUUCCAGUAAUUUAUAGCUGAAAAAUCCUGAUAGCAAAGGUGCUUUCUCUCUGCAUUUAUUCAGAUUGCAUGUUGGCAAGGCCCUGAUGAAUUAUGGUAAGGGCUUUAGAUAUGUACCAAUAGAUCAGGAAUUCAGGAAACCUUGCCAUUUCAGAAAUCUCCCCAAAAACCUAAUACACUUGGAAGAGGAUUAAGUUGAAAAGGCUCAAAGGUUCACAUUUAAAAAGCACAGAAACCUUACCCUGAUGGAAACAGAGCUGUGUAUGUAGUUUGCUGGAGACCCUGGCUUUGAAGAGUGGCUGUGAGUUAGCAGCAGAGGCCACAUGACCUCCAUCUCUGACCCACAAAUGUGCAGUUUCCAGUGUCCUGCUCUGCCCUGGUAAUUGGGCUCAGACCCUGAUAACACCUGUGUGUGAUCCCAAGGGCAACCUGCAUGCAAGAUACAAUUCACAGCAACGUGGGAAAACUGCUCUUGUUUCAUGUUUCUUCACAAAAAGGUCUCAGUGGGGUUGCACCCUUGCAACCAGACCAGAAUUUAAUAAACAAUCCUGUUGAUACAGUUCCUGUUUGUGUAAUGGCACUGCUGCAACAAAGGGAUUCACUUAGGAAUCAGCUAGGAAACACCUUGGUCACCUCUGCUGCCUUUAGUGAUUCACCAGGCUCAUAGGGAGCAGUCUGUGGAACAGGGCAGACCCAUCUCGAGCCACAGGCACAUCUCAGCAGAGCUGGGUUUAGCAAGACCCUGCUCAUGUCCUGCUGCUGAGUUUGCCUUUCCCAGGCUGGUCAAAGGGGCUGGGACCAGCUGCUGGGAGCAGUUGCACUGGGAAGGAGGGGUUGCAAAUGCUCCAUUUUAAUUCACGAAGCAAAAAUAGUCUUGCAAUAAAAAAGCUUUUAUGUCUAGAACAGAUAGAGGUGGGGGAGGAGAAGCACAGGCAGUAAAGUGGAGGAGGAGGAGGAUGGCAGCAUCAUCUUCCAGUCCCCACAGUGUGAACUUGCUUAGCUUAAGCUUUCCUCCCAACACACAGAUCAUCUUAACAUACCCCCACAAAAUCCACCCUGAGCGUUUCAUCCCUCUGUAUUCCAAAUGACUGUCCUUGGAAAGGCUCACUGAUCAUGUCAGGGGGUCUCUGGAGGAUUUGCCCAAAUCGCCUUUGGUGCCUGUGCCAGAGAACCCACCUUGGGCUCAGUGUAGGAGCAGCAUUCUCCCAAGGCUGAGCUGUGUUCAGAGUCACAUCCCUCACCUCUCCAAUCAAACCCUCUCUGUCUGGGGACAGUCACAGUUUAUGCCUGUCCAGGUGCAGCCCAUGAUUUAAGGGCCAGGCUGUGGCCAGAAGCCAUUAAGCCAAGGGGACGGGGAAAAGAGCAAGUGAGGCUGUUUAGGAUGCAAGGCAAAAGCACCAGAAGGACUUUGUGUCUCAGAGGUGCAAUAUAAAACCUCAGUCAUACACUUUGCACACAGGGGCAGAGAGAGAAAUGACCACAAAUUCAGCAAGUCACGUAUGGCAAAUGGCUUGUGCACCAGUAAGAGAAAUUUAUAGCUCUGACCCGAUUCGCAGGAUGCCGAAUGCCACGAUUCCUGACGCCGUUUCUAAAUUCAUGGCUGCUGCGUGCAGAAGCUCAGACAAGUUUCUACAUAUUCAUAGCGUUAAAAAUAAAUGAUUUCUGAUCUCUCUGGUGACAGCCUGUCUCCAAGAAGAGCAGGAACCCAGUGCUAGCCCUCUGCAACUGCUAAUAGAAACUUUCUCCCCCAAGACAGAGUAUUUCCCACCACUGUCAGCAGUGGGCAAGGCAGCAGUUGAGCUCAUAGCCUGGAGCCAUCACUAGGGUGGUCACAGUGGUGACAUGCUUGUCACCUCUGCUUUAGCUGAGUGACAGUAAGAGAUGGGCACUGCAGUACCUGGUGUUGAGUUAAAGCCUUAAUCCAGCCCAGGGCCAAUCCAAGCAGUGGGAUGGACCAGCACAUUCAUGUCCCCACACACAACCAGACUGAUCUCUUGGCUGGUGGAGACCCUGUGUGUUGCCUGCCCCAAUAUCAGCUUUGCAGAGUGGCUCACAGCCCAGCCUGGAUUAUCUCUCCUGGUCUGACAUUGCUGCUCGCUGGCCCUGAGCAUCGCCCAGGAAUCUGCAAAAACCUCACCCAGGUCUGACAGUCUCAGCUCCCAAGUCAGCAGGAAGGGAAAAUCCCAAAUAGUAACAUCUUCCAGAGUUUCAGUCUUCUCUGGAAAACCUCCCCACUAAAUUUCUGUGGGUACCACUGGGUUUCACAGUGCUAUUGCCCCCAUUUGCCUCUCUCAGAACUUCUGCUGUGACACAGUUCUCUUGAUGCCGCAGAGCAGCUCAACUGCAGAGCCAUGACAUGUUAACAUUAACCAUAAAUUGAGCUUUUAACUAACAAACAUAGCAUAUUGAAGAGGCAGAGAGAAUCCUUCCACAGUGCUAAUUGCCCUUUAAAAAUAAAAUUGCUACAAUUCAGUCUGUUUGCCAA